ACUGUGUGUACUGAAUGACAUACACAUGUUGAAAUGCCAAUCAGUUGCGAACAGAAAUUGAGGAACACGGGUGAAAUUAGUUAAUUUCCAGUGAAAAUAAAUUAUAUUUCAAACCAAGACCAUCUCCCUGUAAGAACUCUAACCUAAUCAUGUUGGUGAAAGGUUUAGGUAAAAGGUUGUUGUCGGCAGCCACUAAUCAUAGUGCAAAAAAUUUGAAUGGAUUUUGUGCUGUGAUUCAAACACGUAAUGUUCAUGCUAUCGACACAGAUUUCAUCCAUGAACAUUCUAAUAAACCUAGAAUUCUUAUCACAGGGGCCCUUGGACAGCUUGGAUCAGGAUUAGCUAAGAUGUUAAGGGACAAAUAUGGUCGUGAUAAUGUCAUUAUGUCAGAUAUAUCUAAAGCAUCAAAAUCAGUUCUUGAAAGUGGACCAUUUCUAUAUGCUGAUAUUAUGGAUCCAAGAGGUUUAAAAGAAAUAGUUGUCAACUAUGAAAUAGACUGGUUGAUACAUUUUGGGGCACUGUUGAGUGCUGUUGGGGAAGCCAAUGUACCAUUAGCUAUGAAGAUUAAUAUUGAAGGUGUACACAAUGUACUAGAAGUAGCAAGACAAUAUAAUCUGAAAUGUAUGAUCCCAAGUACUAUUGGUGCCUUUGGUCCCGAUUCCCCCAGGAACCCAACCCCAGAUCUGACUAUACAGAGACCUAGAACUAUUUAUGGUGUGUCUAAAGUACAUGCUGAACUUAUGGGAGAGUACUAUCAUUAUAAAUAUGGUCUGGACUUCCGUAGUCUACGUUAUCCAGGUGUUAUUUCAGCUGAUACAAAACCAGGAGGAGGAACAACAGAUUAUGCUGUAGAGAUAUUUCAUGAAGCAUUGAGAACAGGCAAUUUUGAGUGUUUUUUGCGUCCAGACACACGUUUACCUAUGAUGUACAUCAAGGAUACUUUACGAUCAACAGUGAAAUUUCUAAGUUUCCCAAAUGAUAAAUUAACAAUGAGAACUUAUAAUGUGACUGCCAUGAGUUUUACACCAGAGGAACUGGCAGAAGAAGUUAAAAAAUAUGUGCCACAUUUAAAGGUUACAUAUCGUCCUGAUAAAACUAAACAAUCUAUAGCCGAUCAGUGGCCUCAAGUUUUUGAUGACAGUAAUGCUCGGGCUGAUUGGAACUGGUACCAUAAGUAUGACCUGGAAACCAUGUGUCGAGUCAUGUUCGAAAAACUUGCUUCACAACAAAAGUUGUCUACUAAUGUCACUACUGGUGAUCAGAAAAUCGGUGCCAUGUAAAAGCUAUAGUAAAUAUACUCAACAAAAUUGUACAUAAGACUGUUUAGUUUUAAACUUUCCAUUGUAAAUAACUGAUAUUUAUUAACAUGUUAUUAAUAUUGCUAAUCUGGACAAAUAAAAGACAUUAAAUAGGGAACAAAGACAAAAAAAAGAGAGUUGUUUACACUCAAUAUUUAUUUAUUUCUCUUUAUGAGUCCAUUUUUUAUGCAAGUAAUACAAUGAUUAUGGUUUACAUGUAAUGGUCAUGUAUUAUUUAAAUAUAUGUAUCAUUUAAACAGGCAUUAUGUAAGAGCUAAAUCUGCCUAUUGCAGGUCUUUCUUUGGGCCUUAAAUGUUAUGUAAAUGAUCAAUUAGACAUUUAUUAACACGACAAGAACAUCAUCAACUCUCGAUGCCAUCGGAUGGGUCUGAUUUUAAGUAGAUUAGAACAGUUCAGCCAUUUAAUUUAAUUUAAAAAUGGAGUAACAAGGCUAAGACUCGAAUGACCAGUACGGUUGUUACGAUCAAUGCACACAUUUAGUCAAAACUACAACUAUUGACAACUUCGCACAAAAUAGAGUAAUUUGAUUGAAAUUUUCAAUGUAUUCAUUUUGCAUUAUCUAUUUUUGAAAUGGUAUGAGAACGACCAGCUCUUUAUUUAAAUCCUACAUAAUGCCCCUUUAGAUAUAAUGAUUAUAUAUCAUUUAAAUAUAAUAGUUAUAUAAUUAUAACCGUUGUGUAUCAUUUAAUAAUAAUUAUAUAUCAUUUUGUUUUUAUAAUUAUUUAAUUGUUUUUUUGUUCAUCAUUCAACAUCACUCGACCGAUUUUAUUAAAUCUCAAAAAAACUAGAACAAAUCUUUUUAUUAUUAUAACAUAUUUUUUUUAAAUGCACUAUUUAUAUAGAUCUAUUGAUAUUCUGUAAUUUGUUAUUUAAAUUUGUACAGAUUUUUAUUUUAUUGAUGUAUGUAUUUUAUUUAUCUUCCUAUUACAGUAUAGAAGAAUCUCAUCAGUGUUUACAUGACAACGAAUUGUGAUAUUAAUUUUAAUAAAACCAACGUAAUAUUUUCACAUUAAAAGACUAUAAAUUUAAAAUUACUCCAUUUCCAUUUUUAAAAAUAUACAUAUCAGAAUAGUGCUCAUUAUUUUGCAUAAUACAUGUAGAUCUGUUCAACUUAUGCAUUUUUUUUCUUUAUGCAUAAGGUUUUAUUUUGCAUGUGUGUAUAUAUAAGCGAUAUAUCUGAAAUAGAAUCUCACUGCUUUUAUUGUUUGCUAUGUACUAUUUUCUUGUCAUUAUUCAUUUUCUAUACAAUGUUUUUGUUUCUAUUUGUACUUUUUAAAGGUACAAACAUCUCCAUGAUCAAAAUGCUAAUAUAUAAAGGGAUAUUAAUAUUCAGGAAUAUUAUAUAUAAUUCUCAGUAAUGCCGUAAAUACCUGCAACAAUGGGCUUAUUUAAUGAUUUUUACAGGGACCAGGUCCAAUUUAAAAUCAAAUAUGUUAGAAAAAAUCAACUGACAGUUUUUGUCAUUAAUAUUUGUGAUCUGAAUGUUUUUUAACUAUUAGAUUAAAAAAGAAAUAUUGUUAAUAUUUGGAGGUUGUUAUGUUGUUUUAAAACAUAAAACAUCAUUUUUGAAGUGUAACAUUGUUAAUACCGGUUGACACAAAAAAAACGUUCAUCAAUAAAAAUCGAUUUUCUUUAGAUUAACACAAAAAUUCAGCUACAUUAGGUUAAGUCUAUGUAGCAGACAUCUCCAAAGUUUCAAGUCUGUACCACAAAAACUCUGUUUAACUGGCGCUCCAAAAUGUGCUCUAAAUGAGCUCCCCGGUGUUGCAAGCACAUUUGGAUCCGGCGGGCAAAGUUCUCGAUGACCCUCCCACAUUCUUCCCUUGGGAUUGCUUUUAUUGCUGCUGUGAUUGCUGCCUUCAGAUCAGGGAUAGUCUGGGGGUUGUUGCCAUACACCCUGUCCUUAAGAUAUUCGGUGAAUGCGGCGACCACUCCGGGUCACACCUGCGGCUGAUCAGUUGGUCAGGGAAACGCUGCUGUAGCCAUGCCAAUGCGUCGUUUGAGGUGUAGGGGUGGCACCAUCCUGCUGGAACCACAGGAGGUCCCUGACGACCCCUCUUCGUCGACCAAGUGCUGUCCAGAAUAGGUGAUGAACGCUUUUUUUUGUGUCACCCGGUAUAAGCCUUGGGUGGCAUUCAGCAAUUAGGCACAAUAAAAAACACGACAUAACUAAUAUGGAAAACUAUUGUGUGUAAAACAAAGUACAAACCAGUGAUUGUUUUCCAUAUAAAUUGUGUUUUUUUUAAUAUUGUUAACAUUUGUUUUUAUAAAUAAAACAGUUAAAAUCAUA